GCGGGUGGCGCCGGGGCUGGAGGCGGAGGGCGGAGGCUCCUGACUCUGUGCCCUGACCCUCCAGGCCGGACUGCCCCUUCUAGACCAGCCCCUCCGCCCCCGAUGCCCCGCCGCCCUCACGAUGCUGAACUGUCCGCCUUGGCGGCUGCUGCUGCUGCUCUUGUGGUGGGGGCCGCUGCUCCGGAGGGCGAAGACAGGCUCUGUCGGGGAGACGGCGGGGGAGCUGUACCAGCGCUGGGAACGGUACCGCAGAGAGUGCCAAGAGACGCUGGAAGCCUUGGACCCCCCAGCAGGCCUCGCCUGUAAUGCGUCCUUCGAUAUGUACGUCUGCUGGGACUACGCUGCCCCCAACGAUACUGCCCGUGUGUCCUGCCCCUGGUACCUGCCCUGGCACCGUCAUGUGGCUGCAGGCUUUGUCCUCCGCCAGUGUGGCAGUGAUGGCCAAUGGGGACCUUGGAGAGACCAUUCGCAGUGUGAGAAUCCAGAAAAGAACGGGGUCUUUCAGGAUCAGCGGCUGAUUCUGGAGCGGCUGCAGGUCAUGUACACCGUGGGCUACUCCCUGUCCCUCGCCACGCUGCUGCUAGCCCUAUUCAUCUUGAGUAUCUUCAGGCGGCUACGCUGCACUCGCAACUACAUCCACAUCAACCUGUUCACGUCUUUCAUGCUGCGGGCGGCGGCCAUCCUCACCCGAGACCGUUUGCUACCUCCACUGGGCCCCUACCCCGGGGGCCAGGCCCCUGUCCCGUGGAACCCGGCCCUCGCUGCCUGCCGCACAGCCCAGAUCGUGACCCAGUACUGCGUGGGUGCCAACUACACGUGGCUGCUGGUGGAGGGUGUCUACCUACACAGUCUCUUGGUGCUUGUGGGAGGUUCCGAGGGGGGCCACUUCCGCUGCUACCUGCUUCUCGGAUGGGGGGCCCCCGCGCUUUUCGUCAUUCCCUGGGUGAUCGUCAGGUACCUGUACGAGAACACGCAGUGCUGGGAACGGAACGAUGUCAAGGCCAUUUGGUGGAUCAUACGCACCCCCAUCCUCAUGACCAUCUUGAUUAAUUUCCUCAUCUUCAUUCGCAUUCUUGGCAUCCUCGUGUCCAAGCUGAGGACGCGACAGAUGCGCUGCCCCGACUACCGGUUGAGGCUGGCUCGCUCUACGCUGACGCUGGUGCCCCUGCUGGGCGUCCACGAGGUGGUGUUUGCUCCGGUGACAGAGGAACAGGCCCGGGGUGCCCUGCGCUUCACCAAGCUCGGCUUUGAGAUCUUCCUCAGCUCGUUCCAGGGCUUCAUGGUCAGCGUCCUGUACUGCUUCAUCAACAAGGAGGUGCAGUCGGAGAUCCGCCGCUGCUGGCACCGCAGUCGCCUGCGCCACAGCCUCGGGGAGGAGCGCCGCCAGCCAUCGGAGCGCGCCUCUGGGAUCCUGCCCUCCGGCUCAGGCCCCUGCCGGGGGGCCCCUGACUGCGCCCUGUCCUUGGGAACCCUCCCAGGGCCUGGGGAUGAGGCCAGCCGGGUCUUGGAAAGUUACUGCUAGGCAGCGGGAUGCUGUGUCCAUUCGAGUUCGCAUGCAUUUGUUGAGAGCCUACUGUGUACCAGGCCCAGCAUGGAGGGCGCUAGAGAAACUAGGGUGUGGUGGGAGGGGGAAACAAGACAAGGUCCCUGUUCUCCUAGAGUUCACAGGUCAUAAUGGGGCGGGGCUGGGCAGCUAAGACAGAUAAGUUAGACACACACU